CGACGAUACUAAUGGCAGUACUUUGUCGUGUUUAUGUCUUUGCUGGUGUUGCAUGUGUAUAUGUUAAUGUGUCCGAAUUAUAGGAUAUCUUUUCAAAAUGCAGAGUGAUGAUGCUGUUUGGAUGAUUAUUAGUAAAUCAUUUUGCUCUUAUAAAAUUAACACAAAGACUCAACAGUUCUGUCGCAAUGAAUACAAUCUAACUGGACUUUGUAAUCACAGCUCAUGCCCUUUAGCUAACAGCUUGUAUGCCACAAUUCGAGAGGAAAAUGGUUUAUGUUAUUUGUUCAUGAAAACCCCUGAAAGAGCUGCUUUUCCAGCAAGAUUAUGGGAAAAAGUGAAACUAUCAAAAAAUUAUGAAAAAGCUUUAGAACAGAUAGAUGUAAACUUAAUGUACUGGCCACAUUUUAUCCGUCAUAAAUGUAAACAAAGGUUUACUAAAAUAACUCAGUAUCUGAUACGGAUGAGAAAGCUUAGAAUUGGAAGACAGAAAGAAUUAGUACCAACACAGAGAAAGAUCGAACGGCGAGAAAGACGACGAGAAGAAAAAGCCUUAGUUGCUGCAAGAUUGGAAAAUGUUAUUGAGAAGGAACUGGUUGACCGGUUGAAAAGCGGUUUGUAUGGGGACAUAUAUAAUUUCCCACAGAAAGCUUUUGAGAAAGCUUUAGAAGAUGAAGAAAUAGAAAGUGAAAUAGAAGAAGAAUUAGAGGAGGAGGAGGAAUGGGAAGAAGAAGAAGACAGACAAUUUGUUGCUGAUGUAGAUUUUGAAGAAAGUGAUUUAGAAGAUCAACUAGCUGAUAUUGAAGAUUUUGGUAAAUGUCAUGCUGCUGAAAGUUCUAGUUCAGAUGAAGAAGUGAAACAGAAGUGUAAACGUCUGAAGAGGAAAAAAGCAUUUGUUCAAAUUGAAUAUGAAGAACAGAAUGAAGAGCAGAAAGUUAAAGAGCAAAUUCAAUAAUUUUAAUGAAAAUAAUAAAAUAUUAUUAUUGUUAA